GAGGUCUGAGGAAGGAGGCAACCAGGAGGGGCUUAUUCUUCUGGAGCUCCGGGAGCCUCUUGAUACAGACAGCGUUUCCUACUUUCCCUGCGGCUCUUUUGUGUGACUUUGAGAGGGGCUCCCUAGUGACUGAUUCCUCUCUGUGCUCUCGCCUCAGCGAGCAGCCAGGCUCCGGGAGGGAGGACCGGACCAAGCUCAGCAGUGGCAGAAGCAGCCAGCACAGACUUCAACCAUGCUGGAACCGGCAUGCGGUUUUUGAAGUCAGCAGAAACAGAAAUCAAAUUACUAUCAUCUUAUGCUGCUAGAAGCUCAAAGAGAGGGGAUUCCACACUGGCCUAGUCACCAUGCGACAGGCGAGUCACAGGAUAGCGGACCCUGGCGACAAUGAAUGUAAGUUCCUCGGCUGCUGUCUUUUACUGCUGUGGGAUUUUCUUUCUGCUUAAAGUCACGCUUGGCUAGGAUGCCGUCAUUGCCGUGAGAAUUUCUGAUGUGGAAAGUUCUCUGCUGCGCUUCGGGAUGCGUUUUCCUUUCAUUAACUGAGCCAGAGAUACAAGCUGAAAUUCCUGACCACCGCUGCGGCGAUUCUGCCUGAGACUAAGAAGGGUUAACCCAAGUAUAUCCCCUUAUGAUGGCAUUAACAUUUUUAAUUGACUUCCUUAAUUAAUAUAGAGGGCACACAGCCCUCCCUCCUCGUUUUGGAUCUCAUGCUGUUUUAACUUUGUGAUGGCUGAACUCUUGGAAGCAGCAUAUCCAACCCGAGAAUUAGCUGAAAGAUUCUCACCGGAUACAAAACUUUUCUUCCUUAACCAGGAACACGUUUGUGUCUCCAAAUGCUCCACACUGCUUUUUUUGCCUUUGCUUCCGUGAGAACUUACAGCUCAGCCGUGGACUCUCCCUAGCACUGUGAAGCGAGGCAUAAUCAAGAGCCAUCACACUUCUGUAACUCUUACUAUGGAAGAGGAGAAGGCAGCCAGAGGAGCCACACAUGGUCUCCGCUUCAGCACGCCCUAGCUCCAGGACGUAAAGAUGAAUGGUGAGCCCCAGCUAUGACUCGCUAGUCUCUCCACACUUCAUCUGCUACAACUUCCGGCUUAGACAUGGAAAUUCUUUGUGAAGACAAUAUCUCCCUGAGCUCAAUUCCAAACUCCUUAAUGCAAUUAGGUGACGACUCGAGGCUCUACCCUAAUGACUUCAACUCCAGGGAUGCUAACACUUCUGAAGCCUCGAACUGGACAAUUGAUGCUGAAAACAGAACCAACCUCUCCUGCGAAGGGUACCUCCCACCGACAUGCCUCUCCAUUCUUCAUCUCCAGGAAAAAAACUGGUCUGCUUUAUUGACAACUGUCGUGAUUAUUCUCACCAUUGCGGGAAACAUACUGGUCAUCAUGGCAGUGUCCCUAGAGAAAAAGCUGCAGAAUGCCACCAACUAUUUCCUGAUGUCACUUGCCAUAGCUGAUAUGCUGCUGGGUUUCCUUGUCAUGCCCGUGUCCAUGUUAACCAUCCUGUAUGGGUACCGGUGGCCUUUGCCCAGCAAGCUCUGCGCUGUCUGGAUUUACCUGGAUGUGCUCUUCUCCACGGCGUCCAUCAUGCACCUCUGUGCCAUCUCCCUGGACCGCUACGUGGCCAUCCAGAACCCCAUUCACCAUAGCCGCUUCAACUCCAGAACCAAAGCCUUCCUGAAAAUCAUUGCUGUGUGGACCAUAUCAGUAGGUAUAUCCAUGCCAAUCCCAGUCUUCGGGCUACAGGACGAUUCGAAGGUCUUUAAGGAAGGGAGCUGCCUGCUCGCUGAUGACAACUUUGUCCUCAUAGGCUCUUUUGUGGCAUUUUUCAUCCCCCUAACCAUCAUGGUGAUCACCUACUUCCUGACUAUCAAGUCACUUCAGAAAGAAGCCACCUUGUGUGUGAGUGACCUCAGCACUCGGGCCAAAUUAUCCUCCUUCAGCUUCCUCCCUCAGAGUUCUCUGUCGUCGGAAAAGCUCUUCCAGCGGUCCAUCCACAGAGAGCCAGGCUCCUACGCAGGCCGCAGGACGAUGCAGUCCAUCAGCAACGAGCAAAAAGCAUGCAAGGUGCUGGGCAUCGUGUUCUUUCUGUUUGUUGUCAUGUGGUGCCCAUUCUUCAUCACCAAUAUCAUGGCCGUCAUCUGCAAAGAAUCCUGCAACGAAAAUGUCAUUGGAGCCCUGCUCAAUGUGUUUGUCUGGAUUGGUUAUCUCUCCUCAGCGGUCAACCCACUGGUAUAUACGUUGUUCAAUAAAACUUACAGGUCCGCCUUCUCCCGGUACAUUCAGUGCCAGUACAAAGAGAACAGGAAGCCGCUGCAGUUAAUUUUAGUGAACACUAUACCAACAUUGGCCUACAAGUCUAGUCAGCUCCAGGUGGGACAAAAAAAGAACUCACAGGAAGAUGCUGAGCCGACAGCUAAUGACUGCUCCAUGGUUAUACUAGGGAACCAACACUCGGAAGAGAUGUGUACAGACAAUAUUGAAACCGUGAAUGAAAAGGUUAGCUGUGUGUGAUGAACCGGAUGCUGGAACUAUUGCCCAGGGCGCGUGAACAAGUUUACACCCACGUGUGUGGGGGCGGGAUAAGGAGGCUCAGAUCAAAUUAGACUACUCCAGUGGACCAACUAUAAUUCCGGACAGCAUUUGAACUAGGAGUGUUGUGAUGCUUUUAACAUUGCCAAUGAGAUCUUUAAAAUCAUUGGCCUUUAUUGUACAAUUGUAAGGAGGCAUAAAAUCCAUCUAAAUAACUUCUAUUGUCAAAUAGAAACCAGGCUGCCAUGUUGUUGAUGGGUAGCAUGGGAGUGAGUUGGUGACAUAUUGUUGUAUAUAAAAAUAGCUAGAAAUACUGAAAAUAAUGAAUAGCCUCUUAAAAAAAACAAGUGUUUCAAAUUCACCACAACAUAUAUUUUGAAAAGAAAAAUAGACAGUAUUAUGACAUUUGUAUUGCUAAUACAAUUCAUUGAAAUACUUGACGAUAUUUUUCAUUCUUGCUUUUUUCAUAGAUGCCAUUUUGAAAUGUUCACAAGACCGCUGGCAUUUGCUGCAUUUGUCAUUAAUUCUCAGACGUGGAAGGGUCUUAAAUGUUAUUCAAUAACUCGCUGCUUUCUCUUCUGCUUCUUGGGCUUUACCUGAAUUUGCAAUAUGGUCUUGUUUCGUAUAUUUUUCUUCUAUGUAAACUAUCAAAGGGUAAUUCUACUUUUCCAAGUACAGUUCUAGAACUCGCUUCAAAGAAACAGCAUCCCGGAGGUAUUUGGUAACUCACUAGGGAAAUGACUGUGUUGCGCAUGCGCCCUUUGAGCAGUGACUAGUACAAAGAGUUGACUGUCACAGCUGAACAUUAAACUCAGGUUUUUCGCUGUUAGCAGUAGCUUCUUAGGCUAUUUCUGUAAAACUCAAGUGACUUUCAUAUUGACAGUUAUCAGGUAAAACUGGUGUUUUCAAAGAGCUGGGAACGUAGCUCCGUUGAUAAAAGAGUGCUUGCCUAACAUGCAGGAAAUCCUAGCGUGGAUGCCCAACACUGCAUAACCAGGCACCACGGUGCAUGGCUGUAAUCCUUGCACUUGGGAAGUGCAGGCGAGAGGAUCAGGAAUUCAGUCACCCUCAGCUAUUUAUCUAGUAUGAGGCCAAUGUGGAGUGCAUGAGAGACUCUGUCUCCAAACUAAAUAAAUAUGGGGUUUUAUUAAUGAUACUUUUAGAUUAAUGUAUUUAUAUUAUUUAUAAAAAUGGGUUAGCUUGGUUCCACAGUGAUCUGUUGACUGUACCUUAUGAGUGGAGCAGUUUCUUAGUUAAUAAGGAUAUUUUAAGAAAGAUAUAUAAGAUUUUUGCAUUAAAAACGACAACUUAAUUAGUUGUUAUCAAAAAAGUAUAUAGAUUCAUUUUCAGAAUCAACCAGUUCAUUUUUUUCCUUACCUGAUUCAGAAAAGAGUUUGUAUCAACUCUUGAGAAUUUUUUUAAAUAAUUCUCAUUGGUUAUAUAUGUUUGCCAAGGAAACAAGGAAAUGGGAAAAUAUCAAUUGAAUCAAAGAUUGCUUGUAAUGCAUAAAAAUAAACACCACAAAUUGGGUCCAAUUCAUAAAUACAAGGUAAAAGCAAUAUUUUUGUUCCUUCCCUCUAAAACUACAUUCAUUUUGCUCUGACAGACACUAGCUUCCAGUCAAAAAUCAAGUAUCAGCUACCAUAACGUUCAGUAGAAAUGGCUACUACAGACUAACAAAGGCCAGCUAUAGUGAAUCCACCAUGACACUGUGACACACCGGUGAAUUGCACAUUACUGUUGAGACAGAGUAAAAGGCUGAAACAUCCUUAUUGGCUACAAAGGUGUUAUGUUGCAAGCCUUUGGGAAAUGUUACAGGUUUAGGAACUAAAGCAUGUAGAAAACUUCAUCAUGUACGUUGGAAAUUAAGGUUUUCCUAAGUAUGUCUUACAGACACUUUGAAUGAUGGUCGUCAUGGCUUCAGGUCCAAAAUUUAUAACAUGUCACCAGUCCCAAGUCUGUACUUAAAAGAAGUUAGUCCUUAGUGAUUUAGACCAUACUGACUAAUAAAAAUAGAAGUGUUAAGAAGCCUGCUCUAAUGUGUUUUGCCUUAGUUUGAAACUCUGCACAUGCCAAUGCAUAUUAAGCAAAGGGUUACAGAUUCUAUUCCAUGAACUUAAUCUUCAUCAGAAUGAACACAAACCCCGCCGAAAGGUGUCUUCUGACUACACAUAUAUUACCAGUGUGUAUGUGGCGUUUCCCUCUCUGUAACUAUCUCUUAAAGUGUAUAUAAGAAAACGUGUACCUGUAUAUAUAUAUGUACAGACAUGUUCCAUGCACUUUAUUCAACAUUUAUAUAUUUAUAUGAAGAAGAGCAAGUGGUGAAAACAUACACACGUGCAUGUUUGAAUCAUGUUGAUCUAAAUGUGAAUUAAUGUUCUAAUGUUCCCAUGACCUUCCAUGACUGCCAAAGGAGGUUCCUGUGUAACAGAGAUACGCUUUAAAUAAACUGGAAGAUGCUUUAAUAUAAGGAAAGAGUUUAACACGAUUCUAUCAGGGUGUUGAAAACAAUCGUCUAUAUUCGGUUUAUUAAUCUGAAGUUGAAUGAUAACUUUAGGCCUCUCUUUAGUCUGGUACUUCUAGACAUCUAUGGCUUCUUAGAUACACUCCUCUCCCCAGGAGGGGAGGAAAAAUAACCAUUGAAUGAUUUAUGGAUCCAUGAUGAAAGGAUUCACUUCUAGUCAAUAUUAUUAAGAGUAACAAACUUCACUCUUCUUUAAGUUGAUUGAUAGAGUCUACUAGACUUAAGGGAUUCAACGCCAUAUUGAAGAAAACCUCAGUUAAAGCUUACAUAAUCUAUUGGACCACAGCGCCAUCUCAUGGUCAGUUUUGAAAAAUGCUACUGUAGUCCAAACCGCUACCGGGCUGCUUUUAGCAAAAGGGUUCUUCUCCCAUUUUGUGCACUGAUGAAACAUAUUUAUAAAAGUGUUAAGUUAUUCUGUGCCAUAAUGUAACAAAUACAGUGAAGAUUUAUUUUAUGUACUGGUUUUAAUCUAUUCUAAAAUAUUUCAAGAAUGAAUGAUUAA